UGCUCUUCUCUUUUCCAGGCCAUGAGUCUGAAUUGUUCCCUGUGGCAGGACAACAGCGUGUCAAUCAAACGUUUUGCCUUUGCCAGAUUCUCUGAGGCUGCGGAGCAGUGCUUCCUUCUGUUCGCUCUCGUCCUGCUGAUGUUCCUAGCCUCACUGAUGGGCAAUGCUCUAAUAGCUCUGGCCAUCCGCACCAAUCCAGCUCUGCACACCCCCAUGUACUUCUUCCUGGCCAACCUGUCUUUCCUGGAGAUUGGCUACACAUCCUCGGUGGUGCCACAGAUUCUGCAGAACCUCGUGAUCAAGGCCCCGGCCAUCUCCCGGGAGGGCUGUGCCACACAGAUGUUCUUCUUCACGUUCUUUGCAAUCAGUGAAUGCUGCCUUUUAGCAGCCAUGGCUUUUGACCGCUACAUGGCCAUAUGUUCCCCGCUCCACUAUGCAACACGAAUGAGCCGUGGGGUGUGUGCCCGUUUGUCUAUGGUCUCUUGGGGGAUAGGCUGCACAGUAGGCUUGGGCCAGACCAAUUAUAUUUUCUCCUUAGACUUCUGUGGUCCCUGUGAGAUAGAUCACUUCUUCUGUGACCUCCCUCUAAUCCUGGCACUCGCCUGCGGGGACAUCUCUCGUAACGAGGCUGCUGUCUUUGUGGUAGCAGUCUUUUGUAUCUCCAGUCCAUUUUUACUGAUCAUUGCUUCCUAUGGCAGGAUUCUAGCUUCUGUGUUGACCAUGCCCUCCCCUGAGGGCCGCCACAAAGCUCUCUCUACCUGUUCUUCCCACCUACUCGUGGUGACCCUCUUCUAUGGCUCAGGCUCUGUCACAUACUUGCGACCCAAGGCCAGCCACUCACCAGGAGUGGACAAACUGCUGGCUCUCUUCUACACAGUAGUGACCUCCAUGCUCAAUCCCAUCAUCUACAGUUUACGCAACAAAGAAGUUAAGGCAGCUCUCCGAAGAACCUUGGGAAACAGACGGGUUUUGACUCUGGGAUAG